UCCCAAACAACUUCGUCUCCCGCUUCCUGUUCUUUCUGCCGUAGUAGCGUGCCACUAGUCGCUGAUUGCCAUCCGAUACAAUAAAAUUGCAGCUGAAGUAAGGGUCUGAGUCGGAAUUCGUCGGAGGUGGAUCGUGGCUGGUCUCUCCUUCGUACCUCCAGUGGACGUUUUAAGACGAGCCGACCGCGUCGAGCCAAAAAGGUCACUGGAUCCUACCCAUUCAGAGUGAACAAGCAGCAGCCUAUACAGAAGAUACGGUUGGACUACAAGAUGGACUCUGAGGGCAAAUUGUGUUUCAAGGACGGGAAGGAGUUUCGCGAAAUCUUCGACAUAACGUCGAGCUCGAAGAAGCCGCCAAAUGGCUCUGGCAGGAAGCCAGUCCGCCGAGACAUGUUCAAGAAGGUAUAUCCUCCUAGACAGGCCGGUGACGCGACAGUCGAACAGAGUUGGCGAGAGAGGCAGAUGUAUCAAGCAUUCAUUGACGUGGUAGCAGACAACAAGCUCUGUCCGGGAUACAAGUUCACAUCGCCCGCGGACAAGGGCGACAAGGACGACGACACGAAGCAGAGAGUCGACGUGGCGAUGUUCAAGGAGGUGGCCCCGACAGACGGCGCGCCACACUGGGGUGAUCAAGCGCUGUGGGUCGAAUUCAAGAGAGAUGGCGCCGCUGAUCCAUUCAAAGACAACGAGCUGGCGGCCAAUAAGUUGAAACGUUCGGACACGUGGGCACAGCUCAUCACGUACGCCGCGAGAGUCUUCGAGACCCAACACCGGACCCAUCUCUAUUCCAUCCUCAUUUGUGGUCGCACCGCCUACAUCAUGCGUUGGGACCGAUCCGGUGUGAUCGUGACGAAGGGCUUCAAUUACAUUACGAAAGCCGAGCUGCUUGCCGAUUUCCUCAUCUCAUUCGCUGGCAUGAGUCCUGCACAGCAAGGCUACGACACUACUGCUGAGCUAGUCGAGCCGGGCUCCGCGGACUACGAGCUGAUGGACAACGCUGUGACCGAUUGCCAGCUCACGGCGCAAUAUGUGAAGGACUACUUCAUUGAGUCGUUGGCUGACGACGCUCCCCGCUGGAGAUUGAAGGUGGAAGGCUAUAUCCGACCCUUCCUGGUUGGCAAGCCUCAUUUCAGAUCAUGGGGAGUGUUUGGCCGUGGCACGAAGGGCUUCGUGGCAUACGAGGCUGUAGAGAGGAAGUUCUGCUGGCUGAAGGAUACGUGGCGCAUCGACCUCCUCGGGAUGGAGAAAGAAGGGACCAUCAUCAUAGAGCUCGAGAAGGAGGGCGUCGUCAACAUCCCCAGCGUUCUCUGUCACGGGGAUGUCCUGCACGAAGUCGGAGAUGAGCUCGUGGCGCAAUCCACCCUUGCACAAAAAUAUCUUGAAGACAUGCGCGAGGAUGCACUCAACGUGGAUAACACGAAGAAAGCCGAGACGAAGGGGCGGCCAGGGCGGCCUGCCUCAAGAAAGGCUCAGCGCAAUUCGAAAAUUUCCCAGCGCGGUGCGAAGCAGAAUCAGGCGUAUAACCAGGUAGCUGAAGCAAGCUCGUCGCGUCAAGUCACAAGCAUUGACAAUGAAUUUCCGCAAAGCGACGAGCAACAAGAAGUUGCUGGAAAAUCUAGCAGCAGCGAGCAGGGUGAGGAGAACGGAGGGAGCACAUCAGUUGCUGUUCAGACCUCGAUGGGAGAGCAACAAGCGCGACCGGGUUCGUCGCUGCAUGCACAUGAUGCCGCACAUGUCGGAAACUCUAUAGCGGAGGAGAACGUGAAUUCGUCGGCGACGACAGAACAGGAAGCAGCUCAGCCUUCAACUUCAGGCCAACAGCACGUCACGGAAGAGCAGGACGACAGCGCCAAUCACGCCGGUCCCCAGAUUCCUAUCAGGAAGUAUACACACUAUCGGCUCGUUGAGAACGAGGUCGGAAUGCGCCUGGAACAUUUUAGGAGCGGUGUGGAACUGGUAUCUGCAACAUGUGAUGCCCUGAUAGCUCAUUCGCAGGCUUUCGAGAAAGCGUCUCGUAUUCAUCGAGACGUCAGCUCCAACAAUAUCGUCAUCGUCUUGGAUCCAGGAAACGAAGAUGAGACCCAGGGUCUGCUCUGCGACUGGGAAUUUUCAAAGCUCGUGGCAACUGACCCGGCCGUGGAACGGCAGAGGCAGAUUAACCGUACGGGUACAUGGCAAUUUCAAUCCGCCAUGGUCCUCCUCCAACCGGCUAAAGCCGUUGAGGUCGCUGACGAGCUGGAGGCCUUCUACUAUGUCCUGCUUUAUAACGCGCUCCGAUAUCUCCACAACACCUGCUCUGAUCUCCCUGAAUUGAUGUCUGGCCUCUUCGAUCUGGCGGUGUUUUCUAACAAUGAUUAUUGGUGUCCAACACACAAGUACCUCACUGUUACCAGCGGCCAACUUAAGUGGUUGGCUCAGAAGAUUUAUUUUCUCCCUGCCAAGCUUCCCACUGGUACUCAAGUUGACGUAGAUGCACUUUCAAACGAGCAUCCGCUAAAUGGCAUUCUAUCUACGCUGCUGGACUGGUUCAAGGCGCGUUACGUUGUCGCGGAUGCUGACGGCAAACUCAAUCCGCCGAACUAUCUGAGGCGUGCCGCUGCAAAAGCAUCACAUCCAGCACCAUCCCUCGCCCCUGAGAAUGAUGGCGAUCAGGCUCAGAAGGUUCAAGUAGCUGCAAACCUUCAGGCCAAAUGGAGGCGGGUGGCCACACAAAGCGACCUUAUUGCUCAGAACGAAGCAGCCCAGAAGAGGAUAAAGGCUAACACAAUUGUCGAACAGCGGGAUCUGGCGCGCAACUUGGAGACACACGAAGCGAUGAUCAGUCUGCUCAUCAAUACUAUGGCGCACAAAGAUUGGCCAACGAAGGACAGAGCGGGCGACCAACUACCAGGUCACAGUCACGGGAAGGUGAUUCUGCACGAGGAGACGAGCCAUGAGCCCGCGCCUGAUCCGGACGCCAUUGCUACGCGCACUCGUCAGCGGAAGCGCAGUGCCCAUGCGAGCGUGGACGAUAACAGCUUUGAUGAAACCGACGAACGUCCAGCGAAACGUCGAACAAAAAUACCUGCUCCACAGUUUACUCGCGCAUCGAGCUCUCGCGGCACCAAGCGCGGAGCUUCAGACGACGACGGCUCUGAUGGUCCUUUGGAACCGCCAGCGAAACGUGCGCGGACGUCGCGCACCACUGCUCCGGCGAGCCAGUUGCGAAAUGCGCCAGCCGCGUCGGGAUCUCGCACCAACCGCCCUCGUCCCGCAUCCAAGCCUUCAUCGCGGACUCGCAAGGCUGAUAUAUCCAUGCCACCUCCCCCUGUGCCGGCUGACAGCCGCGGCAGCGCGAAUGCUCCGGCUGCAUCUCGCUCACGUUCGAGUCGCUCUCAGGCCGUCCAAGGCCAUUCGCCUACCAAUGAGGCUGCUGAUGUGGCCAUAACUGGCGCGAGGAGGUCCGGGCGAUUGUCGGCGAAGGACAAGGGUAAGGCGCGGGCAUACUAACCGUGACUACCCUACCUAGUUCAUAGUAUCGUUCGGCUUGGAACCUGGUGGAGUUUAUUGUUAUACAUAUGCUCACCGCUAUUCACUUCACAUGUAUGCUAUUUGUCUCUCAUCACCAUCAUCUGAUCACCACAAUUGUAGCAAUAGAGGGUAUCUGUCAUGGGACUCUAGCACGAAUCGGACUCUUGUUCGCUCAUGGCUUCCAAUUCUGCUGAAUAGUUCCAAACCUGUAUCGUUGUUGCAAUCAUAGACUCUAGUUGAUCAUGAC